AUGAAUGCUCCUGGAAGAAUGCACAUCCCAUUCGCGCUGGCGCCCGUUCUCAAAGCAUACAACGAAUGGCUAGACCGCCACAAAAACUUGAUGCGCAAGCCUGAGCUCGAAGAGUGCAAGUUCGUGGCAACCUACCUCCGACCCGACGACAGGUCAGAGAACGAUCCGACCCAACACUGGGUCUUUCUCCGAUACACGACCAACAAGCGCGACGUCGUUUGGGGAGUCUUCUACGGGCUACGCCUUCUUUUUAUCGACAAACGACGGCAAUACCAAGAACUGCGAGGCAGCGCUAAGAAGCAAUGGAAAGACGACGUGGGCACCAGGCUACUACACUCCGACCUUGCCACUCUGAUCAAACAGAGAUAUCCUGGGAUAGACCUUGAGAACAACAUUUGGCCCGGAAGAGCUUCUGCUCGUCCUCAUUGGUGGCCUGUCCUGGGUGAGAGAUGGCCAGGCUCGCCUGGGGAUGGGAAGCGCUUCCAUGCCUUCGACAAGGUAGCUGGUUUUGUAGAAUACGGCAGUAGGAAGAGGAAGCGCACUUGCAAGUCUUCCAGUGAGCCACAGAAGCAGCCCCAAGGAGAUGGUUCGGGCAACAGCCCCAAGAAACUUGACAUUGUUUUUGGCGCGUCUAAAGGUCUCGAUACUUUCAACAGCAAGCAGCAAGAUGUCGGCAAUACUCCCUGGAAUGAACUAGAAAUCGAAGGACUCCAAGAAAUCCAAGCAGAUGAGAGUCCAAAUUCUAACCAAGAGAAAAUCGAGGAGAAGUUCGAUAUUGUGAGUUAA